AUGGCAGCUGUCAUUGUAGCGUGCAGUUUAUUUCUCUGCUUUAUCAGCCACACAAAAGCUCAAACGAAUUAUUUAGCUCUUGGAAGAAUGGCCAACCAGAGCUCUUUCGAAAAAUCUUUCAAUGGGUUUUUAACCAUUGAUGGUAACUACAACGCUCCGUUCUGUUUCGUGUCUCUUACUUCUGCAUAUCAGUGGCUGAAAUUGGACCUCAUAUGGUUGCACAGAGUUGAUCUUGUUCUAGUUUUUGGAAAACUACCAGCAAAUGUUUUCGACGUUAAGCUGUCGAAGAGAGCUUGGGAGUUGCAAAAUAUCUCCUGCAACAACCUGACCAGUCAACUGAACAAGACCAACGUUACAUUUCAGUGUCCGAAUGGUACAGGCAGGUACAUCAGCGUUGAACAGGGUGAAUCAUCCACUGUUAAAAUGAACAUUUGUGAGGUAGUCCUUGAAGGUCAAUACGCUGAUGCAGUUCCAAAGCGAAGAAAUCUCUUACUGAAUGGGAACGCCAACAUGAGCUCAGUAUACCAGAUCAUCAACGAUCUCACUAGCGCUUCCAUCCUGGCUUCAGCAGCUUUUUUAGUGGAUGGCAGCAUGGACAGCAAUGUAUACCACGGCCACUGUGCACAUACGAAUGAAGCUGGAUUCCUGCAAAAUUGGAUGCAAGUGGACAUGGGAAGUGAUCAUUUCGUCGACUACGUUGCACUGGCAAGCAGAAGUACUACCGACAACAACGUUGUUCUCCGUUUGUCAAACUUCACCAUUGGACUCACGUCACAGAGCGCAAUUGACGUACCACCAAUCAGAGGGAAGUACCCUCUGUGUGCAAGGUACCCUGGAGAUGUCCCUGUGGCUUCCAGAGUCACCCUCCAAUGCAAUGCCAACCUGCCUGCCUAUCGCUACAUCAUUGCUCAACAGGCUGUCAAUGCUGGUGAGGGAUAUUUUGCCGCCUGUGAGCUGGAAGCUUACGAACCUCAGACGAUGUUUCCAAAUAAACGUAAAAAAGACGAUAAAUCUGAUGAUUUGCAGCCGUCAACCUCCUUUCGACUGUGCUUCGAUGCUAAAUCCAUCGAUGUGAUUACCAACGAAAAUUCCUGGCCGGAGUAUGUACGGGUCCGGGACUGGUCUUUUAGCGUCAGCAGUGAUGGUGUUAAGAAUUGCUAA